AUGCUGACCUACGGCGCCUCCCUCGGGGAGAUCCCCGCCGUGAAGGAACCUAUCCUGGAAGUGCGCUUGGCCUACAUGAAGUUCAAUACAGAUGUGCUGCCUCUCAUAGAAAACAAAAACAAGGUCUCUAUUGCCGUGAUAUACAGAGGGGAAAACCUUCCACACGCAUGUGGUGACCCUCGACGCAUCUGCUACAAAGUUUUCAGGAAGAAGAUAGAUGAUACCUUGGUCACGCUGACGCUCAACAACGCUUUCCAGCUACCCUUCAGCUCCGCGUUUCCAAUGACAUCCCCCAGCCUGGAAAUUUACGUGAUGCUGGAAAGCCUCUCCAACCUGCGGACUGUGCACAUGAGUGUGCGUCUGAAAUACACCACCGUCAAGGCCAAGAGUUUCAGUUUCUUCUGGAGUCAGAAAACGCGCCUUGCGGACGAUGAAUACGCACAGCAGCGGCAAAACAUUUUGCCCCAACUAGAGGCUCAGUGCGAAAAUUCUAGCGCCAUUCGAGGUCUCCUGAGGCAGGCGCGCAAAGAAAUACUGGAGCAGAAGAUUGAAGCCUUCUCAGCGCCCAUUGCAGGUGAGAUGACAUUCAAUCUUAAAGGUCUCACCUCGCGCAUCGACGAGCUCCUCGUGCAAAUGGACAGAGACGGAGUUGUUGUCGUCCCCAUGAUAACCCGUCUAAAGACAGGGGACUGUUCUGCCAGUCGAUUCGCCACUUUCUUCCUGGACAGCCAUCCGUACCGAAUCCUUGCAACCACCCCAAUUCCUUUGUUAAGCUCUGACACAGUCGUAAGGGCUAUGAACGGGAGUAUACGGGAGCGCACGAGAGAACACGGGUUUCUGGGGUGGGAUCGCUGUGCCAACAACACGUUCAACUUUCUCCUCGACAAGGCUCUUUCUACGAAUAUACACAGCUCACAGAAAUUUGGACUCGACCUGGGUUCACUGCCCUUCUACCGCAACGACGAAGACAGCAAUCCGCAGGAGACGAAAGAGCCUGAGCCCACCGAACCAAAAGCCAGGCAACCCCAGGAGGGCUUACGGGUGACUUCCACGAAGUGCUCCCACUUGCGUGAUCUUCGCACGUUUAUGGACAAGUGGAGAGAAAAAUAUCAUUUCCGUCGACUUCCUGCAGGCCACCCCCUCCGCAUUUUCGCUCUUUUUAAGCGUGACGAGCUCUUCGUAAGCCGACAAGGAACAGGACUCUCUGGCUCAGGGCUCCUUCUGGCGAUUCUUGUCUUGGGAGAUGAGAAGGUGGACGUAGAAGAAGCCAGCAAGCUCUACGGGAUUGAGAUACAGGCCCAACAGAUGAUCAACGAUGCAAUUGUCGCGCUGAAGAGGCAGACCGCCCAGGCGGUAGCGAAGACCUCGAAGUCGUCCAGACUGACAUGUCUCAGCACCUUGCUUAUGACAGCUGUGGAUUACAAGGGAUUCAGAGUAGUGGUCAUGCCGCUGUCAGACUCGAUACCAGAGGUCCUUGCAUGGCCUCAGCCGCUCUCUGAGCGCAUCCGCCACGAAAUAUCCUACAUCGAAAACAAGCUCAAUAUUUGCAACCUGCUGAGGCCAAUAUGCCCCUCAAAGCUUCCUCGCGACACAACAAUCCUUCUCUCUCUGAAAAACAGAGGAGCCGAUACGAUGAUGCUCUAUAGGACGUGCUACGCGCUUCCGCUUUUCUCCGGCAAAAGCGAAGCCGCCUCGAUUCCUACGCUUGCACAGCGCCUCCGUACUGUGGCAGUUGAGCACUCGGCUGAUAUGGAACUCGCCCUGAAGAAUAUUCAAGAAGCCCCCCAACAAACCACCCUAAAGGUCUGGCAAUGGCAGCACGGAUUUCGAGAUCCUACGGCACCUAGCCACGGGUACAACGAUGUAAUGGAGCGAUCUCCCUUCAAUCGCCUCUAUGCUCCUGUGGAUGAUCUAGAAGCCAGCGAGCCAGUUGUUUGCGGGCAAGCUCCUCCAGGCAGCGAGGGUCAGCGGCUGGAGACGCUUAUCAAGUCUGUAAUAAGAUCGGUUAUCCUGAAUGACGUCGUCGCUGAGCUGGAAAGGAUGGAUCCAUAUGGCCCUCAUGAUUCAAUCUCCCUUACCAGUUACUUGCAUAGGCGUGGCAUCAACAUGCGUCUCCUAGGUAUCUUUGUACAAUCAGCAUCCAGCAACGCACACAAACGCAGCCUCCGCUUUGCAGCACCUAGCUUUCCGCUUUUCAAGGAAAAGCUGCCUCCGCCAUGUGGACAGCAAAGUGGUUUCAUCUCAAAAGCUUCUUUAGUGUUCGCCACACUGAGCGCCCGGAGAAUGCUAUUCUGCGUAAAGGAGCACUGCUCUUUGACUGUCUUUGCGUUCAAGGGCGUCGAUGACGAUGCACUGAGUACUGCCACAAGCGACGACUCCACCGUUUUCGGCGAGCUUGUGAAAGCUGGAGCGGUGUGGCGAGGUGGCAACUGGUUUACGCACUCCUCAGCUUGUUAUCACAAGUACAGCAAGGAGUCCUUGUUGAGGGAAGGCUUCCUGGAACUUCCACUCUUCGUUGCCUCACGCUUGCUAGACGAUUCGCCUUACUUGUUGAAUUUAUCAAAGCAUAGAUUUCGCUCCUUUUCGUGAUGUUCAAAAUUGUUUGGCGUCGAGGCAUCGAUGGUGCGAAAGGAGCGAAUCUACCUGCCAGCUCUCUAUGUAUCAUUACAGCAUCACUGUGGAAUAAGUUUCCUUCCCUGCACGGCAUCAAUUGGCAACCUGUUGGAUCGAGCAUUCCCCCUCAUGCCGUCUCACAUCCGAGAUUCAUGGGAUGUGGAAGAUGCCACGGUGGAACUCAUUGGCAUCGCCUUGCGAUACGAGUCCUGGGAUGUUGCCCACCUCCUGGCACAGCGGUGUAUCGCGCAAUACCCCGAGGCGCAUGCAGCAUCGGUCCCGGCACGCCUGCUGCUUCUCCUGGCAGACGCACAUGGCUCGUCACAGCCUCCUCCGAGGGCACAACUAGUGGCUAGUGCGCACAGGAUCCAGCGGGUGCUGGACUUCCACUGGGGCGGCCAUCAUCCUUCGACUCUUGAUGUAACAGUUGCACAGGCCUGGGUUUCAAGCCUUGGGCGCGAUUGGCGACAGUGCGUUGCGGGAUUGCAAGCAGCAGUAUCCCUCAGCGCAGUACUCUCUGUGUCUCUGAAAAACGAAGACCUUACGAGCCUAAAGCAGCUUCUGACUGUCAUCGCAACGGAUGAUGCCUCUAAGAUCCCAGCGGGGAUACCCCCAGCGCCGGUUACUCCAAAAAUGGCCGGCCUCCUUCGAAUGCUCGCGCACUGCAAGCUUGCGCUUGUCUAUGGUCGCCUUCGAAGCAAUCGCAGGGAAUUCAUCUCCCCAGAACAAGUGGCGAUGAUGGCGAAUAGUGCUUCCUUGAUGCUGCAGUGGGCGUUGGAUGCCUACGACUUUCAUUUUGGAGCAAGGCAUACUUUAACAAUGACAGCAGCGCGCGAGUUUUCCAUGUCACUACUAUUGCUGAUUGACGCCACAAAAAACGAAUCAGGAGGAGUUAUUUUGGAACGAGGGAUUGAGAUCGCAUCCAAAACUUUAGAGUGGCAGACCAGAGUUCUCGGGAGGUGUCAUUUGGAAACACUCGCCACAGGUCAAUUGCUUGCUGUCUUGUUAGCUAAUCAAGGCCGGUAUCGCCGCUGCAUUGAAAUUUACGAAGCCGUUAUUCGUAAUGCAUUUACUAGGCUAGUGCACAAACCAUCGCUGCGUCGGUACCGGCCUGACAAUGAAUUUUCAAGAGUCUGCUGGUGCCUACCUGAUCCGUAUUUCUACGACAUGUUCGAAACGGUUCGUCCUACAAACAGGUUUUUCCCGAAGAUCAAAGCGGUCCUCCCCAACUUGGAUGACGAACAGGCUCUAGCAGCUCUGAACCGAGAUAUUGGCGUACCAAUAUCUGGCCAGGCCGAUACCUGUUGCAGUGCGUCAAACAAUCGCGCGAAGUCCUUUGGGGCUAAACCUAAUCAAGAGUAUAUACUACGUCCUAAUCAAAAGGUCAAACUCAAAAGCCGAUCGCUAUCAAAGAAAGUAUGCCGUCUUGAACCGGGCCUUGCUCCUGUGCCAAUCAUAUGGGUAUGUUCUACAGCCAUGAGUAAACCACCAAACGCCAGUGGUAAUCAUAAAUCGCCAGAGCCAACGGAUGGAGGAGCUCCGGUGACAGCUCCUAAGCAGCCGAAUGUCCCGUCCCCCGUCACUUCUAAGGACGCAAGCAAGGCAAACUUCAUUCAGCUCGACCCUACGGAUCAUCCGAUCUUUCGUGCGUAUCCUAUAAAAAUGAACUUAAUGCGUUGGUUGUGUGCUGCAGCCACUAUGCAGUCGAAGGCUGCAAGCGACAAGAUGUGCCCUGUAAUUCCGGACCUAGUGAACGAUAUGUUUCUAGUUUAUAUCAACUUUGCGGUGGAAAAGCACAUUGUUUCUAGGCUGGUUUCUCUCUUUCUGCUUCUUGACUAUUUUGAAAAGCAAAGCUACACGGCCGUGUCAUAUGAUGACUUUGAGACCGCAUGUACGAAAUCUGAGGGUGAUGUUACAUCCCAUUCUUUUCUGACUUGGCUACUCGACCUCUCCGAAACGUCUGACGUGCAAGUGAUGGAGUACAUAGAGCAUUAUCCCUUCAGAAUCCCAAAAGAGGAACUUUUUAACCAGGACAGCGAUGUAAUCUUCCUUCUCUGUCACCCCAAAGAGAAAGACAGUAAAAGUGGCACAUCUCGCGACUGCAUUUUGGACCACUACCUUGGGCAUCUCCUUUCAAAAGCGGAAACGGCAGUAUUCAACGCCUGCCAGCUCAUCCUUUCAGGGGACUCUAAGAGCUUGUCCCAAGCUGCCCAGGCCUAUUCUUCUCCUCUGGAAAAAUUAAAGCGGGCGAUUUCUAAGCUGAAAGUGAUAUUACUUUUGCUCGGAAAGUGCGCAAUUGUUUUUGUAUCUCACUGCGUCUGCUUUGAGCCCUACCACCACAAUAGUUGA